AUGAACACCACACGCUUUGCAUUCUCCUUUCAGCCCGUGCUGCUUAACGCCACCGAAGACUUCGACGACUCCAUCCCGGCCAACCGCAGCGGCGAUGGAUUUUGCGAGCAGGUCUUCAUCAAAGCCGAGGUCUUCUUGACUUUGGGGAUCAUCAGCCUGCUGGAGAACAUCCUUGUCAUCCUGGCAGUGCUGAAGAAUGGCAACCUGCACUCUCCCAUGUAUUUCUUCCUCUGCAGCCUGGCUGUGGCAGAUAUGCUGGUGAGCAUGUCCAACGCCCUGGAGACCGUCAUGAUCGCAAUCCUCAGCAACGGCUACCUGAUCAUUGACGACCGCUUCAUCCAGCACAUGGACAAUGUUUUUGACUCAAUGAUCUGUAUUUCUCUGGUAGCCUCCAUCUGCAACCUCUUGGUCAUAGCCAUCGACAGGUACAUCACUAUUUUCUAUGCCCUCCGUUACCACAGCAUCAUGACGGUGAAGAAAGCCCUGACCCUCAUUGUGCUCAUUUGGGUGGCUUGCAUCAUCUGUGGCAUCAUUUUCAUUGCCUACUCGGAGAGCAAAACUGUCAUUGUGUGUCUCAUCACCAUGUUCUUCACCAUGCUGCUGCUCAUGGCCUCGCUGUACGUGCACAUGUUCCUGUUCGCCCGCCUGCACGUCAAGCGCAUCGCGGCGCUGCCCGUCGAGGGCGUGCCCCCCCAGCGCACCUGCAUGAAGGGGGCCGUCACCAUCACCAUCCUCCUGGGGGUCUUCAUUGUCUGCUGGGCGCCUUUCUUCCUCCACCUCAUCCUCAUCAUCUCCUGCCCCAUGAACCCCUACUGCGUCUGCUACACCGCGCACUUCAACACCUACCUGGUGCUGAUCAUGUGCAACUCGGUCAUCGACCCGCUCAUUUACGCCUUCAGGAGCCUGGAGAUGAGGAAGACUUUCAAAGAAAUCGUGUGUUGCUGCUAUGGCAUGAGUGUGGGACAGUGCAUGCUGUAA